AUGGGCUCAGGUACACAAGACCCUCCUGCCCCAAGAGUCAGACAAACGCCUCCAGAACCUAGGCCACGCCAGCCUCCACCCGAACCAAGGCGUGCAAAUGUGCAGCCUCCGCCACAGCCGAGGGAACGGCAGCUUCCACCACAGCCAAGAGAGAGGCAACCUCCCCCUACCAAGAAAACGGAUGCGCUUAAAUUCGAUAAUGAUGUGGCGAUUUCUACAUCACAGCAGUCUGGCUGGACCUCUCAAUCUUUGGACACAGCGAAAAUGUUAAAAAGCUCUAUUUCAUUUAUAAUGCUGUUAAUUUGUGGUUUCACUCUUUCCUCCAUUAUUGAGGAUGACGUGCUAUUUCCCGAAACCAUACAAGAGUACGACGUUAUCAUAAAGAGCGUGGAAUUGGACGAUUCACCAGUUAUUGGCAAGGCUUGCCCACCGGGUCAACAGUUGGAUAUUUCUGGAAUAUGUCGCGAGGUUUGGUGA